AUGCCUAGUGCAAAUGAUAGAAAUAUAAAAUUCUUUAAUAGUUUAAUUCCAAUAGUAUUAAUAGAUAAACCGAUCUCGAGUUAUGCUCCAUCAGAAAUUAUAACAGUUGCAAUUAAUCAAACUGGUACUAGAGUAGUCUAUUCACGUACAGAUCGAUCAAUAAGGAUUUGGAAAUGUCUUCCUGAAUCAGUAAUUGACCCUAAGACUAUUUUCGAUGCCCAUCUGAAAGCAGUAGAAUGUUUAUCAUUUAAUCCCAUGACAGAAUUCACAUUUGCAACAGUAGCUAAAGAUGAAUAUAUAAAGAUUUGGAAUGCUAAUACAGGAGAUAAAUUACAUGAAAUAAAAUGUGAAUUUGAUUCAUUAAAAUUGGUUCGUUAUUCAAAUGAUGGUCAAUUGUUGGUGGUUGUUGAUAGGGCGUCCAAUUUUUUAUUUUUCAAUGUUGGAGCCAAUUAUAAAUUAAUUCAUCAAUUCAAAUUAGAUGAACAUAUAUACGAUUUGAAAUGGUUUAAUCAUGAUCAUCAGUUUUUCCUUGUUUCUUCACAUGAUGGAAGCAUACUUUUAUAUGAAAUUAUCGAUGGUGAUGAAGACAAUGAAUUAUCUUCAAAAUUACGAGCACUGGUGUCUGGGCAUAACUCUUCGAUUACCACCAUUGCCAUAUCACCAAAAGGUAAUUAUUUUACUGUUGGAAGUAGUGAAGGAGUAAUAAGUUUUUGGAAAACUUUAGAGAAUUUGAUUAAUCUGAAAGUUAUUACUGAUGUCGAUCAAAGUAUUGCCCAAUUGGAUAUCAGUAGAGAUGGUACUUAUUUGGCAGUUGCGUAUGAUACUGAUAGUAAUCUGAGAAUAUAUGAAGCCGAAGGUGGUGAAAUGGUUCAUGAAAUCCCUAAUAGUUCUAGUGGGAACCAAACUUUCAGCUCGAUAACAUGGUUCCCAACGAAAACAGGAUUUGCGUAUACCAGUGAUCAUGGUACAGUAUUAACAGUUAUGAAUAAGCCUAUAGAGAAGAAACAUAGGCGAUAA